UAAGCCCAUGACUUUAGAACCAAUCUUUAUACCUAGACGACAUGUGAGAGCUCCUGGACGGAUGAGUUGAGACCGCCGCCGCUAAGGGUUAUUCACCAAUCUGAACGUCGGACGUCACCAUUCCAGUUAAUAUGGCGAGGAAAAGGUCGAGUAUGGAAAAAGGAAACGGUGUAGGGAAUUUUUCCACAUACCGUGACGGCGGUGCUCCUUUAAUUGAGGAUGAUACAUCGAGCGAGGAGGAAGAAGACACCAUAGAAGGAAGUGAAGGUACACCUCAAAAUGAAUCUGAAGGCUCUCGCUACUUUUCCGGGUCAAUUGAAACAAAUUGCAUGCCGCUAACAAUUCGUGAUAUGGAAAGGCGAGGACUCCAAAUAUGAGUGUACUUCGUAAGGCUCUUGACGAAAUGAAUUCUGAGGACCCUAAGACUUUGGCGGCCCAGCCGCCACCGCCGGCACCGUCUCUGACAUUGGGGAAUGCUUGGUCGUCCAAGAGAUCGUUUGUUUCUGUUCUUUUGGGCAAGGAAGAUGCUACUUUAGCGGCCACCACUACUCGGUACAAAGGAUUGCCUGCUGCAAGUUUUACAGUUGAUGAUGUUGGUAUUCUAGCAGACAAGCACAAACGAGCUCUGGUAGGUUAUUUCUAUCGUGAUCGUCCUUCUAUGGUCACCCUUCGCAAAUCCUUUGAUAUUAUUGGGUUUAAGGGGGGUUAUCAGUUAGGUUUGCUAGAAAAAAAACAUGUGCUUAUUCGUUUUGAUCUUGAAGAAGACUACAUCAGGUGUUGGAAUCGUCAAAAAUGGGAUAUCUUUGGUCAUACUAUGAGGGUUACCAAAUGGUCCCCUGAUUUUAAACCUAAUGUGGAAUCCCCUGUGGUUCCGGUUUGGUUAAUUUUUGAAGGAUUGCCUAUUCAUUUACAUGAUAAACGAG